GAAAAAUGUGAGUUUACUUCCUGCUUUUGCGAUGUUGUCACGUGACACUCCCGUCUUGAGAUUAUCAUGAACUUUGGCUCAGUUCCUUUGGGGAAGUGAAAGACAAGUCUUUCAACUUGUAGUGCAAGUUGCAUAUUUGCUGUAAAACCAGUGUUUAAAAUUAAGAACGAUAAUGACCAGCAGUCUAUACGCUUCGGAGCUUUCAAACGUGAGUUGAAACCGAAAUGAAUGCCGAACAGGUGGAACAAUUCGUUGGGCUGUCAUAUGAAUGAACUGAACGGCAGCACCAUGGAUGACAGCAACUCGUUUGGGCAGAAUGUCACCACCGAAACCCACAGCGCCCGACAGUCCAGACAAGGCCCCGUUGUGGAGCGACUUUCAAGGUAUGGCGCGCCGCCUAUGCCCGGGGCUCUGCACCGGAGGUCUCGGCUACUGCAGAGACGCCAAGACGACCCAGACGCAGACACUACCGCACCUGCCCAGCGGAAGAAAUCCACGAAAGAGUUGUUCCAAGGCGGGUCGCUGUGGGCUCUCUACCCGAUGGAGCACGCGUGGAUGCUGUCAGCCGCGGAUGGCAACUGCGAUACCCUGCUGGAAUUCGUGUCCGAGGAGCCGCAGCUGCUCACCAGGCGGGACUUUAUCAGCGGCUACUCGGUGCUGCACUGGCUCGCCAAGAGCGGACGAGAUGAGACGCUUCUCAAGCUGCUUCACCGGGCUGAAAAGGCCGGAGGGCAUCCGGUGAGCGUGAACGUGCGGGGCAGCGGCGGCCUCACCCCUCUGCACGUCGCCAGCAUGCACGGACAUUACGCGGUCGUUAAGCUUCUGGUGGGCGCCUUCGGGGCAGACGUGGACGUCAUGGACUACAGCGGCAGGCGAGCCUGGCAGUACCUGAGGCCGGACGCCCCUCGGGAGAUGAAGGAGCUGCUCGGAACAUGGGACGACGAGCACGCUCGCGUGGGAGAACCCAACUCUAAUAAGAACUGCAACAACAGCAGCGGCGAAGUGACGGAGACUCCGGUGGAGGAAACUGAGACUUUGGCGGGCGAUGUGGACUCGCUUGACCGGAGCUGGAGACGCGGUAGCUGGGGGCUCGGCUCCCUGCGAAGGUUCUUUUCGUUUCGUGCCAAUAGACGCUGACAUCUUCUAUCACUAUUGAGCCUUUAUUCUUACCAAAUGUUUGGGACUUCUGCUUAUUCCAUUCAUAAUGUUUGAGAUGGUAACAGCACUCUACGCUGACCAGUGUUGCUUUUUUUCAUUUUGAAUGCCAGAGUUAAAUUUGGUAGGGAUGAGUAAAUAUUUGAGUAAAAUACAAGCAUCUCUGGUGUUGGCAGAUUAGGAAGAACUCCAGUGAGUUUUAUUUUUUGCUUUAAUCUGUGAAACAUCGAACCCUUUGUAGGGCAAGUGACCAUUUUUGGUAACUAAACUUCAAAGACCUGCUGUCUACAUAGUGUACAUCACAUGACCCAAAUUGUGAUGUCAUAAAUCGUUUUAGCUAUUUAACUAAUUGACCGGCACUGAUGUCUUGCACUGUCAGUGGCAGUAAAGAUGCAUUCAUGUAAAAUCUUCCCAGUUUACAUGACCUGGACAUCUACAGGUAUAGCCUUCAAUGGCAUGCAAUUGUUGAAAAAAAUCCACUUUAAACUGUAAAAAUAUUUUUAAUGGCUAAAGACUUUCCCUAUAAGGGGUCAACGGUAAUAAGUGUGUGUGUUAACUUUUGAAUAGCUUUCCAAUCAAGUGACCAGUACCUGAAAGUGUCGAUAUUUAAUAAGAUUAAUAAAUUAAAAAUCUUAAGGCUGGUUAUGACUUUAAAUUGCUAUUGAAAACCGUUGACACCAAAUUAAUUUAAACUGGGAGGACUUCAUGUGAAUACUCAUCUUUCAUUGCCAUUGCUAGAUGUCCAAUCCAUCUUAACUGGGAGGAGUGAAUGAACGUUCAUAGAUGUUCGUUCAUUUUCUCCUCCCAGUCAAACUGGAUUGGCUGUCUAGUGCCGUUAAUAGCUAAAAAGUUAUGACAGUGAAGAGAUACAUGCUUUUGCACCCUUUGUGAGGUGCCUUUCUCUUCUCAAUAAAAUAUAAUAAAAAUUGGAAUGUGACAACAGCGAACACGUAUUGGUUUGAUGAAAUUUUAUUUUCAUACUUGAAUCUAGAACCAGAUUGUGUACAAAACAGCUGCAGCUCCACUCAACAGGAGUCCUCUCCUUCCUGGCAGCUGGAGGUCCUUUGAUGGAAUGGAGGAGGAUGAAUUCCACAGGAACGUCAUGUUUACAGGCCCAACUUUGUCCUCCUCCAGUGUCUCCUCUUGGAGUUGUACCUGAAGGACAAAGGAGAUAUAGUGAUUAAUCAGGAUUCAAUCUCCAAAACUCCGUUAUAAUAUAAAACCUAGUGAUCAAUCAGGAUUCAAUCCCCAAAACUCCGUUAUAAUAUAAAACCAUCAUUUUUUUGUUUCCAUUUCACAGAUGAACAACAUAAUGUUGUUAAAGGAAAAAGGUGAAAAUUCCAGCAGUCGCUAAUGGCAACAAAAUACAGAAAAUUGAACUAAUGCCCGAAACGCAAAAUUUUCCAACUUUUUACAACCCACUCUGUGGUUUCGGGGCAGAAUCAAGCCUGCUGUGUUCAAACCCUCCUGCCACACACACAUUCUGGCUCCCUGCCACAGGACCAGUAAGCCUGCGGAAUGUCAGAAUUAUUGCAAUUUCUGUGUUCAAAUCCCCCGUCGUCUUUAUUAACUGCAUUUUAAAAGGGUCUAAAUGUAAAUCCAGGUUUACAGUACUGCUGUUGUCUGAACGUGUCUAGUAGCUAUAGCACUUUUGCUUCACAAGAAAAUCCAUUCCAUUCAGUUAAAUAGAAAAAUGAUAGAAUAAUCUAUGUCGAGUAACACUUGCUGCAACAACAACGAUGACUCACUAGCUAAGUGUUUCAGCAACAAAGCAUCCUCUACCCUCACUUAUUGUGAGGAAGGGGAUGAUGAGCUCUGAGGCUGAAGAGUAAUCUCAGCAGGGUUAAUGACAGCACUUCACAGUGAUCAAGUGCUGCAAUUGCAGACCUGCUUUGUGGAAGCAUACACCAUAAGCAUUAUGCAAAGUGUUAAUGCAGUUAUACCUACAACUACGUUGCGGUUUGCUGCACCUUAACUUCUGCAUUUGCGUGCCUAAACCAUUGAAAAUGUUGUAUAACCACACAUUUUUCUACGUUCAAAUAAAACUUUUUCCCCCUACAGAAGCAGCAGCAUUAUCGAGUUCCCUGAGAAGAUGAAACUAGAACUAUAUAGUGCCGGGGGAUUUGACAUAAUAGCUAUAUUGCCACUAAAUUGUAAAUUAUGUAUCGUCACGAGUUCCUUCUAUCGUCAUGUUAAUAAUGCAACUUAAAAAUACACUGUACUCAACCCCUACAGUGCUGAAUAUCUGAUUACCUCACAAUACGAUAUGCAAAAUAAAGCUCACGAUAACAAUUGGCGCACAAUAUGGACGCGAAACAAUCAUUGAUCUAUGCGUCAGGAAAUCAUUCUACGAUAGUCUAUGAUACAUCUAAUAAACAGCAAAACAAGUUUUCAUUCUUCUGCUGUGAAUUUGAGUUAAUAUUUUCUCACCAGUAGACGUCCAAUCCCGGGAAGGUGGCAGUGAAUGAACUGUCAUUCGUUGCUAGCCCUCCCACCUCAAGUGAAUUGGAUGUCUAGUGCCAUCAAUGGCAGCCAAUGAGUUAACAUGGACACAUGUGGAAAAUUUUGCCAGCAAUAUGUUUGUUCCUUUGUUUAAACAGUGACACCUUUUUGAAGCGAUAUCAGUUCCAAGUAGGAACAUAUCGAUAAACCUGUUAGAAUACAAUGACGAUAAAGAGCAUAUUCAAUUCUACAAAGUAUCACGAUACAUCACCGUAUCAAUAUUGUCACACCCCGAGUGCUGAUACUCAUUAAUGAUGCGGAAUGGCAACUAGCGAUCACUAUGCCAGCAAACCAAAAGGAGCUAUAAAUCACCACACAACACAAAUAGUGCAUAAGUGCUAAAUAGUGGAUGAAAAAUCUGCUAUUGACAUUUCUUUGUAAUUUUUAAAUACAAAAUGUACGAUAGUUAUAAAAUAAACCUAUAACGUGCAAUAAGUGUAGCAAUAAGCAAAAGGUGUGUAGUCCAAAAGCAUCAGAAUUUAGCGGAAAAAGUCAUAAAAUCAAUGAAAUGCAAAACAUUUAAAAAUGCGGCACGGUGGCAGAGUGGUCAGCACGUCCGCCUCAGUUCUGAGAUGUAACCCAGUUUGCACUCAUUGUGUUAUAGGUCUAUCACUCCCGCACAUUUUGUUUUUUACAUAAAAAUAUUCCUUCAGUUGAGGAAAAGGGAGUGGAAAAAAAUAUUUAAAUUCCUGUAAUUGUACACAUCACUGGUACUUUGAAACCUGUUAGCCCAUCAAUAAAAAAAUAUUUAAAUUACUGUAUUUGUAUACAUCACUGGUACUUUGAAACCUGUUAGCCCAUCAAUAAAUGCUGUUGAUAUUAAAUAUGACAAAUACAAUUUUGCAUCGUUUCAUUCAAUAAUUGAUUUUAACAAGUUUUGCGAUGCAUUGAUUUGUAGUCUUAAACAUCGUGACU